UGGGCAUCACCUAACCAGCACACAAACUACGCUUCUGUUGACAGCAGUUGUGUCAAAUGCGUAUCGGCUUCCGAACUGCUCAACAUCUCGGUGUGUACGUGACUUCUGUGCUGUUGUUCCACACAGCCCAGUGGGUUGAGCAUCUGGGCCACCUCUCUGUCCUGCAGCCAUGUCGGGGUUCAAUCUGCUGCACCUGAUAACCAAAAGUCAGCCAGUACCUCUGCGGUCCUGCAGCCUUCCCUCAGGAGUGUGCCGCACCAAGAAGACAUGGCCACUGACCUUUUCUCAGGAGGAGUUGAAGAAACGCCUCACCCCGCUACAGUUCCAUGUCACGCAAGAGAAAGGCACAGAGAGUGCCUUCAAAGGAGAAUUUACAGACCAUAAGGAGGAGGGCAUCUACACAUGUGUUGUCUGCAGUUCUCCAUUAUUUAAAUCGGACACAAAAUUUGACUCUGGGUCAGGCUGGCCAUCAUUCUUUAACCUGGUAAAAGAGGAGGCUGUUACUUAUUCUGACGACUUCUCCCAUGGUAUGCACAGAGUGGAGACAACCUGCAGCCAGUGUGGGGCACACCUGGGACACUUGUUUGAUGAUGGACCACCACCGACAGGCAAACGAUACUGUAUUAACUCUGCCUCACUGGCUUUCCAGCCCAAGGAUGAGUCCGGUUGUAGUCCACCAAGAGACGGGACUGGGGCAUCUGGUGAUUCUUCACAUACGGGAAAAACCGAGCUCUGAUGGGAAUUCUGGGAACUCUCCAGGAACCACUGACUGGUGGCUAACUUUGUACCGAGGGCUGGUUGGAAAAAAAAUUGCAUGCCUCCUUGGCUAAAGAUAGCCAUGAUCUGCAUAAAUUGGUUUAUCAAUGUGUUUUCUUGUUUAGUUAAUUUCUCAAGAACUAACCUAAAAGUUCCCAAGUACAUCAACUGAAGAAUUCCCUGAUUUCAAUUAAUGCAGACCCCUGCAAUAAACAAUGUUUGGCCAUGGUCAAAGCUGAUAUGGACUGUCUUAAUGUCACAGCUAAGUCUGUGCAAUAGAAACUGGUCUGCCAUUAAAAUGUUUGUACAAUAAGAGGUACAUUACUAAAACUUCUAAAAUGUACAACUUAAAGCCAUUAGAAAACAAUCAAAAGUUUUCUGGCUGGACAUAAGUUAUGUGUGUAUAGUUUUUUCUGAAAAUUGUGUUAUUUUAGCAAUUAUAUUUGACAUUGAAAGGUUUAUGUUAUAGGAAAUCACUAUGCAAUUGCUCUCGUGAUCAGUCCAACAGAGCAGAGGAGUUUUUUCCCCUCAAAUAAAAUGGGAUCUGUGACAAAAUAAA